CUAUGGCAACACCAACCAUGGCAACCGUAGCCAUGGCAACACCAACCAUGGCAACCGUAACUAUGGCAACACCAACCAUGGCAACACCAACCAUGGCAACCGUAGCUAUGGCAACACCAACCAUGGCAACCGUAGCUAUGGCAACACCAACCAUGGCAACCGUAGCUACGGCAACACCAACCAUGGCAACCGUAGCUAUGGCAACACCAACCAUGGCAACCGUAGCUAUGGCAACACCAACCAUGGCAACCGUAGCUAUGGCCACACCAACCAUGGCAACCGUAGCUAUGGCAACACCAACCAUGGCAACCGUAGCUAUGGCAACACCAACCAUGGCAACCGUAGCUAUGGCCACACCAACCGUAGCUAUGGCAACACCAACCAUGGCAACCGUAGCUAUGGCAACACCAACCAUGGCAACCGUAGCUAUGGCAACACCAACCAUGGCAACAGUAGCUAUGGCAACACCAACCAUGGCAAACGUAGCUAUGGCCACACCAACCAUGGCAACCGUAGCUAUGGCCACACCAACCAUGGCAACCGUAGCUAUGGCCACACCAACCAUGGCAACCGUAGCUAUGGCAACACCAACCAUGGCAACAGUAGCUAUGGCAACACCAACCAUGGCAACUGUAGCUAUGGCAACACCAACCAUGGCAACAGUAGCUAUGGCAACACCAACCAUGGCAACAGUAGCUAUGGCAACAGCAACCAUGGCAACAGUAGCUAUGGCAACAGCAACCAUGGCAACCGUAGCUAUGGCAACACCAACCAUGGCAACCGUAGCUAUGGCAACACCAACCAUGGCAACAUCAACCAUGGCAACAGUAGCUAUGGCAACACCAACCAUGGCAACAGUAGCUAUGGCAACAACCAUGGCAACCGUAGCUAUGGCAACACCAACCAUGGCAACCGUAGCUAUGGCAACAUCAACCAUGGCAACAGUAGCUAUGGCAACAACCAUGGCAACCGUAGCUAUGGCAACACCAACCAUGGCAACAGUAGCUAUGGCAACACCAACCAUGGCAACCCCAACAGCUGUGUCACAAACAUUGGCCGUCCCAAAAUACGCGGGUAA